CAGCGGCUGCCUCCUCCCAUCCCAACCCCAUGGACACGGGUCCUAAGGAACGUGCUUCAUUACCUCUGUGCCGCGGGGCUGAACCGCAGCUGGAAAACAGCUCCCAGCUGGAAGCGUUUGCCUCCGGACCGCGUUGGGAGCCCGCGGCUGCAGCGGGGAUCCCAGGGGUUCAUCCUUAGCAUCCCGGAACCCCAUUCCCGGAGCUUGGCACAGGCUCGGCUCUCCCCUGUGUCCAAACGGGCUCCUGGCUCUGCUUGCAAAGGGAAAGGACCCCCCAACCUUCCAAAGCUCGGGAGAAGCAGGAGGUGCGUUGGAAAACGGGAGAUCCUGGGACUUGUUGUUUUUAACAACCCCAUCGUUUUGGGCCUGACUCACGCCUUUUGAAUGCUGGGGACGGGCAGCAGAGGGGAGGUUUGCUGAGCGCAGGCAGCAGGGCCGUGGUCCUGCCCCCAGCCCCACGCAGCCCCCGGCAUGGCGCAGGAUGCGGCCCCCGUCCUGCUCGUUGUCCUGGCCAGGCUGGUGUCAUCCACGUGGCAUGAAGGGUCUGGUUACUACCGCUCCGAGAGCCACACCAACGAGGUGUACACAGAAGACGCUCCCCCAGAGCCUGCCCUGGACUACCACCGAGUGCCACAGUGGUGUGCAGCGCUCAGCAUCCACCGCGGUGAUGCCACCUGCUAUUCACCCCGCGGCGGCUCCUACCGCAGCACCCUGGGUACCCGCUGUGAGCUCAGCUGUGUCCGCGGCUACCGGCUGGUAGGGCCCAGCACCGUGCAGUGCCUGCCCAGCCGGCACUGGUCCGGGAUGGCGUACUGCCGACAGAUCCGGUGCCAUGUGCUGCCCGCGGUGCUGCGCGGCUCCUACGUGUGCUCGGCCGGGGUGCAGAUGGAUUCCCGCUGUGACUACUCCUGCCUGCCUGGGUAUCAGCUGGAGGGGGACCGGAGCAGGGUCUGCAUGGAGGAUGGGCGCUGGAGCGGCAGCGAGCCAGUCUGUGUAGACAUGGAGCCUCCCAAGAUCCGCUGCCCGGAUUCCCGGGAGCGCAUAGCCGAGCCUGGCAAGCUGACUGCCACCGUCUACUGGGAUCCCCCCCGUGUGAAGGACUCUGCGGAUGGCAUCAUCAAGAGGGUGAUGCUGCGAGGCCCAGAGCCUGGCUCAGAAUUCCCUGAAGGAGAGCACAUCAUCCGCUACACGGCCCAUGACCAGGCCUACAACAGAGCCAGCUGCAAGUUCAGCAUCCGUGUCCAAGUGAGGCGCUGCCCUGUGCUGAAGCCCCCACAGAACGGGCACCUCUCCUGCACCUCAGACGGCAACAACUACGGGGCUACCUGCGAGUACCAGUGCGAGGGGGGCUACGAGCGUGUGGGGACCUCCCUGCGGGUCUGCCAGUCCACACAGCAGUGGACGGGCUCCCAGCCCCUCUGUGCACCCAUGCAGAUCAACACGGAUGUGAGCUCGGCUGCCAGCCUGCUGGACCAGUUCUAUGAGAAGCGCCGUCUCCUCAUCAUCUCAGCCCCCGACCCCUCCAACCGCUACUACAAGAUGCAGAUGUCCAUGCUGCAGCAAGCUGCCUGCGGGCUGGACCUGCGUCACAUCACCACUGUGGAGCUGGUGGGGCAGCCGCCGCACGAGGUGGGACGCAUCCGGGAGCACCGGCUUUCCCCUGGCAUCAUUGAGGAGCUCAGGCAGUUCCUGCGCCUCACUCGCUCCUACUUCAACGCGGUGCUGCUGGACAAGGGGGGCAUGGACCGGGAGCGCUACAUCAACCCCGUGAACCCCGACGAGCUCUUUGUGUUCAUCGACACCUACCUGCUGAGCGAGCAGGAGGCAGCACGGCGGGCACAGAGCGGGGACCCCUGUGAGUGAGGCAGCGAUGGGACCCCCUUGGACACCUCCCUUCCUGCUUUCCUUGUCACCCACUGCAGAGCAGGAGCAGGGUGCCAGGGAGCUGCAGGGAAGGGGAGCCCCACACCGGCUGCUCUGGCACAGAGCAUGGAUGGGGCCAUGUGCUGUAAGUGGGGUGGCUCACCAGGACCAUGGUGGGAGACACUGGAGGGCCUCUGCUCAACCCCGGGGCAGGGGGGAUUGGGGAAACAGAGGGAACAAGCAGGGCAAUAAAUAGCCUCUAAUAGAGCAGCUUCACCAUCAUCAUCCUCACCCCCUGCACAAGCUGAACCCACUCCCUAUGGCCCGGGUUAGCCCUGCUGGGCAGGGUCCUGCCAUAAAGUCUGUAUUCAAAGCUGCAGCCCCCUGCUCAGCACAGCCAGCAGCAGCCCACCGAGGGCUCAACAUCCCACCCUGUGCCUUGCUUCCUCUUGCCAGCCACAGGCACCCUUCCUGGGGGCAGUUCUGGCAAUAGAAUUAACUUGAAAUAAACGUAUUUGUUAUUAAAAGUCA